AUGCAUGCGGCAUUACUUCUCAUACUCGCGACUCUCUAUGGGGUUGUGCGUACCAGCCUUAUCAACCUUGGCGCGACGGUGACUGUCAAUGGAGUCUAUUACUUUGUCCACCCUGAGCCGGUGGCAGUCCUCCCGUUAUCUUCUGGUCUCCGCCCCCAUGGACAUGCCGACUUUGUCCCGGUGACGAUAUUUGAGGCAACGGAUAACCGAUUUGAUGAGUCUACUCUCAACCACACUGUCAACGCCUGGCUUGCUGAGGAUGAUGUUUUUAAUAAAGGGUUCUUACAAGCAAUCUACGUAAAGAAGGACUCGAAUGAUGUUCCCGGUCUAUCGAACUACCAAUAUCAAGGCAACACGUCGUCGUUGUCGUGGCAAGAAAUCGACUACUCUUUUAACGCUCCCACCGGUCCUUACAUCUUGAACCCCUCAACAGGUUCUCUACAUACUCCAUACCGCCUUUAUCUCGAUACUCAAGGCGCCUUCACCCAGGGCAUCAUACCCCUCUCGAGCGGAUCUUUCGCUCCACUCCCCGCUGCACUUCCUGGCUCAUCAUCAAUAACAAUUGGCGUUCCCUCAAGACUUUACUACACUCCAAGUGAAGAAUACCCGCUCGCCGGUGUUCGCAUCGGCGUUAAAGAUAUUUAUGACGUUCAUGGCCUCAAGACUGGAGCUGGAAGCCGCGCCUACUAUGACCUCUACCCCGAAGCCAAUGGCACUGCACCUGCAGUACAGCAUCUGGUAGAUGCCGGAGCAAUCUUGGUUGGCAAAAUGAAAACAACGCAAUUUGCUGCACCUGAAAGCGCCAGAGAUGCCAUCGACUAUCAGGCGCCAUUCAAUCCCAGAGGCGACGGGUAUCAAGAGGUUGGAUCCUCCUCAUCUGGAGCGGGGGCGGGUAUGGCUUCCUACCAUUGGUUGGAUCUGGCUUUGGGGUCAGAUACGGGAGGGUCUAUUCGGAUACCAGCCGAGGAUAACGGAAUUUUCGGAAACCGCCCCACGCAUGGUCUCGUGGACUUAUCGCGAGUUAUACCGUUGGGACCUGAGUUUGAUACAGCUGGGUUCUUGGCUCGCGAUACAGAGACUUGGGCGACUGCUUGCAGGGUCAUGUACUCGAAUCUUACAACGGGCUAUACUCGGUAUCCGAAACGAGUCCUUACGUACGACCUUCCCUUAGCCAAAGAUGCUGACCUUUCAGACUCGGACCGCAUUGUCGUCCAAUUCGUUGACAGUCUAGUCAAGCUUCUCUCCGCCGACCUCUCAGCCUCUAAUUUCACGGAAGAGUGGUCUCACAGUCACCCAGCAGGUACGCCGAGCGACUUGCAGGAGUUUAUCGGUUCGGCAUGGGCAGUGAUUUCAGCCAAACAGCAAACGCGCCUUGUUCGAGAUCCAUUCUUUAAGGACUAUGCAGCUGCGUUCGAUGGACGUGUGCCGUUUGUCAAUCCCUCCACGAAUGGUAGUUGGAGCUGGUCCGACACUCUGCCUGAGCUACUCGACGAAGCAGUCGCAAACAAGACCAUUUUCAAGACUUGGUGGGGUGAGGUCAUGCUCCCAAAGAACGGUGAAGCAUGUUCAGAAAGCCUUAUGCUCUAUGCUUUCAAGGAUGCUACACCGGAAUAUAGAAGUGAUUACGGUAGCGCUAUGGGAUCUGGUGGUUUGACUGGUGUUCUGCUAGGCCUGAAUGCAGGCUUCAUCUCACCAAUGGUAGGGAAUCCGGACUUUUCUAUUCCAAUUGGUCAAGUCAAGUAUGAUAGCAGUAUCACCAAGCAUGCGGAGUAUCUGCCGGUCUCUGUCAGGAUCAUGGCAGCCGAGGGAUGUGAUGGAAUGCUGCUUGAUCUUGUUAACGACCUUGUUAAGGCUGACAUUUUACCACAAGUUCAGCCUGGGAAUAGUCUAUAA